UCUUUCUCCUCUCUUCGACCACAAUACAGAGCAAAUCUUCAAGCUCAGACAUGGCUUUCCACCAAAGAUCGACAAGUUUGCCUUCUAGGCCUCACGUCAGUGAGACCGAAGUUGAGCUAGAGCUUCAGAGCCUAGAAGCAAGCAUCUCUUCCUCUAAUUCCAUCAGCACGAUGUGCGAUGGUCUCAGGACUCUUGCAAACAUCUACGAUGGUCUUGAAGAAAUCAUCUGCCUACCAAGCAACCAAGUUUGCUCCUCCCAGCAGAGGAGCAUGUUGGAUGGAGAAAUGGACGGUUCUCUUGAGCUGCUAGAUCUCUGCAGCGCCAUGCAAGAGAUCUUCGUUGAGAUGAAGGCCAUCAUCCAAGAGCUGCAAGUGGCUCUAAGGAAAGGUGAUGACGCAACUACUCAAGCCAAGAUCCAGUCCUACACCCGCUUGGUGAAGAAGUCCAAGAAUCUUUUCAAGAAGACCGCGAAGAAGGCUUCUGCAGAUUGUAGCAUGGUCAUGCUGUUGGCCAAGGCUAGAGAGAUCUCUGUGUCUCUGCUGGAGUCCACACUCCAUCUCUUGUCGAAGCAAAUCGAAAUGCCUAAACAGUCUCUUGUUUCCAAGGCAUUUCACAAGAAGAAGGCAGCUGUUUGCAAGGAGGAGCAAUUGUUGGGGCUAGAGUGCAGUAUCGGAGAUCUCGAGAGUGGGGCAGGACAUCUGUUCAGAAAAUUAGUCCAGAGCAGAGUUUCCCUACUCAACAUCCUUAGCUCAUAGAUACUCCCAAGUCACUCUUGGCGCCCUCCGAUUGGCAUCCGCCUUUUUAAGGAAUAGCUGAUCUUCAUACAAUUUUGCCAUAUGUAUACACUAUACUGUACAAAUGUACAUGAUACUACAAAAAGAGAAAGAAA